UGCGUCAACAUACAUUACGUUAACCUGUCUCUUGUGGGUUUGCUCGAGAGAAGAUAGAGUUUAAUUAACUGAUUAAUUAAUCAAAAAAAUGGGUAGCGGCGAUGAUGAAGCAUCUAACAUCCAGUAAUCCAGUCCAAGAAGAAGGAGAAGAAACCUUUAAGAAAACACGAAACUCUAUCCGAUGAUAAUGACAGCGAGGAGGAAAAAGUGUCUCUCAGGGAGAAGGUUGAGGAGAUGAAGAUCAUUCAGAAGCUCCGCGAGAGACCCGCUGGAGUCGACGUCGUCGGUUUGGCUCUUGGAGAAAGCGGUGCAUCUGAUGUCAUAACGUCGGAUCCCUUCAACAUAAAAACAGGAGGAAUGGUAAACAUGGCUGCAUUGAAUAAUACAAAACACAAGCCGAACGAUGCAUACGAAACUGGCAUUGGCACACAAUUUGACGCAGAGACUAAUAAACGCAACGAAGAUGAAGAAAUGUACGACAACGUUUGCAUAAUUCGUGCAAGUCAUCGUCCAGCACAACAGAUGUAGAGAUGAUGUUGCUACAGCAAACCUCUCUUGAUACCUGGAGGAUGGGUGUUUGUUUGGCCCUUCGUGCAACAAGUACAAAAAAUUUCUCUGAAUACGAUGACUUUACAAGUCGAGGGUCCAACGGUAUACACCUGUCAAGGAGUUCUGAUAUCUAUAACAGACAUAGCACAGGUGAAAAUUCAAGGACAAAAUGAAGAGAUGUUAUCUACGGCGUGCGAGCAGUUCCUUGGAAAAUCUGAAGAUGAGAUACAUAACAUAGCUUUCGUCACUCUAGAAGGACAUCAACGAGCUAUAAUGGGCAGUAUGACUGUAGAGGAAAUUUACAAGGAUCGUAAAAAGUUUAGCAAGGAAGUCUUCAAAGUUGCGAGCAGUGAUCUAGUUAAAUAUGGGCAUUACUGUCGUAUCGUACACACUGCAAGAUAUUAGAGACGAAGAGGUAAGU